AUGGACUACUCCAGCCUAUCGCAAGACCCCGAACAUCCAGCGGGGACCUCCCCUUGGGCUUCGCCUCGAACUACUGAAGCAACCUACCCUUCCUCGAGUACCAGCGACAUCCCAUCUUCUCCGCUACCCCCGCAACCCCAGUCUCCCUACGAUGGCGAUGGGGAUUCGCAGCCAACUGAGGCGCAUUCCUCGAGAGCAUCUGGUGAGGCUGAAGUCGGUGGCCCAAGUUUGUCGGAGCAAGUCCAGAAUACACAUAUAGGUGAACCCAGCUAUCCUGGGGAACAAGCUCUCCCGGCGGGCCACCCCCGAUCCCAGCUCCCUGCGCGGUACCAAACUGGGGCCCGACAGAAUGCCAAGCAGCCGGCUCCAGUGUACAAGAUCCAAGCAAAGAUUACUGCAUUGGAAAGAACAGGCAAAAAGGAUCCCAUUCUUCGCUUUGAUGUUCAUACCAAUAUUCCUAAAUUUAGGACUACCCAGUAUCGCGAUGUUAGGCGGACUCAUUCGGAGUUUGUCAAGCUCGCGGAUCAUCUCAUGUCGGCUAACCCCGAGGCCCUUGUCCCUGCUGUGCCCCCCCCCUUGACACCAGCCGGAGCCGGCACCGAAGAGGAUGAAUUUAGGGUGAAGGCGUCGAUGCAGCGAUGGUUGAAUUGCAUCCUAAGCAAUGACGUGUUGAUCCUGGACGAUGAGAUAACCCUCUUCGUCGAGAGCGAUUUUGGCUAUAGCCCCGUUGUGAGGAUGAAGCAACCUGCGACGGGAGUCCGAAGGAAGGUUUUGAAGCAGUUCGCACCACCUCCUGAUGACACCCCUGAGCUGCAAAAUGCACGCCCUGUUGUCAAAAUGUUUUAUCUCGGAACAAUGGAUGCGAGCCACAAGGUUGACCGUGUGGUUAAGGCGCGACGAGGUGUUGGCCUCGCAGAGUCCGACUUUGGUGUGAAGUUGGGACAGAUGCAUGUUCAAGAGACGCAUCCAGGGUUAGCAAACGCCUAUCGGAAACUUGGAAAAGUUAUACAGAAUGUGGGGGAUUAUCAUGCAGUCCAGGCCACUGCCGAGGCCACCACCCUCGGAGACCCACUCAGCUACCACUCAUCGGACGCCUUUAUUGUGAAGGAGACUCUCACCAACCGUCACAUUCUUCUUCGAGAUCUACUCCAGGCCCAGCAGGUUACUCGUAGCAAGCGAGCCGCCGCCGACCGACUGAAAGUUAGCAGCUCUGUCCGUUCGGAUAAGGUAGAUGAGGCCAUCAAUGCUUUGGACGAGGCACAGAGCCACGAAGACUAUCUCACAAAGAAGACACAGAGAGUUACCUCUAACCUUCUCAUGGAAAAGCGCCGGUGGUUUGAACGGACUUCCAGCGACCUCUGGACGAGCCUACGUGAAUAUACCUUGCGUCAGAUUGAAUCUGAGCGAAGGACUCUCGCCACGCUGGAGAGCGUGCGACCGGAUAUCCGCUCGAUCGAUGCCUCUGGAGGACUGAGCCGAUUGGGUCGUGAAGCCCACCCAACUGUACGCCGCCCAAAUCUUGGAUCGAGCCAGGGACCUAAAGGAGACGCGUGGAGCGGAAUACCUCGUCGUAGCGACAGUAUUGGUCGCAGCAUGAGUGGUAGCUUCGUUGCACCUACGCCUGAGGAGGAAGAGGAAGUGAAUGGACAAGGAGCCAAGGGACGUUUACGCUCGCCCAGUGGCGUCGGUUCGAUUGCCGAAGAGGACGAUGAGGACCGACUUGACGCCCGAAAUGCCGCAAGCCGGCUCGCCACCAGCACUUUCUAG